ACGGUCUCUGCCCCAUCUGAAGUCCAUAUGGCUCUAUAUGACGAAGAUCUCCUGAAAAAUCCUUUCUAUCUGGCUCUUCAGAAGUGGCGUCCUGACUUAUGCAACAAGGUGGCCCAAAUCCAUGGCAUUGUCCUGGUGCCCUGCAAGGGAAGCUUGUCAAGCAAUGUUCAGUCUACAUGUCAGUUUGAGUCCUAUAUUUUGGUACCAGUGGAAGAACACUUUCAGACCUUGAAUGGAAAGGAUGUCUUUAUACAAGGAAACAGGAUCAAAUUAGGAGCCGGCUUCGCCUGUCUUCUCUCAGUGCCCAUUCUCUUUGAAGAAACUUUCUACAAUGAGAAAGAAGAAAGUUUCAGCAUACUGUGUAUAGCCCACCCUUUGGAAAAGAGAGAGAGUUCAGAAGAGCCUUCAACAUCUUCAGAUCCCUUUUCCCUGAAAACCAUCGAAGAUGUGAGAGAGUUUUUGGGAAGACACGCGGAGAGAUUUGAUAGGAGCAUUGCCUCUUUCCAGCGAACAUUCCGGGAAUGUGAAAGAAAGAGCCUGCGUCAUCACAUAGACUCGGUGAAUGCUCUCUACACCAAAUGCCUCCAGCAGCUUCUGAGGGACUCUCACCUGAAAAUGCUUGCCAAGCAGGAGGCCCAGAUGAACCUGCUGAAGCAGGCGGUGGAGAUGUACGUCCAGCACGAUAUUUAUGACCUGAUCUUUAAAUAUGUGGGGACCAUGGAGGCAAGCGAGGAUGCUGCCUUUAACAAAAUCACAAGAAGCCUUCAGGAUCUUCAGCAGAAGGAUAUUGGUGUGAAACCUGAGUGCAGCUUCAACAUACCUCGUGCAAAGAGAGAGCUGGCUCAGCUGAACAAAUGCACCUCUCCGCAGCAGAAGCUGGUUUGUUUGCGGAAGGUGGUACAGCUAAUUACACAGUCUCCCAGCCAGAGAGUUAACUUGGAGACCAUGUGUGCUGAUGAUCUGCUAUCAGUCCUGUUAUAUUUGCUUGUGAAAACGGAGAUCCCUAAUUGGAUGGCAAACCUGAGUUAUAUCAAAAACUUCAGAUUUAGCAGCUCAGCAAAAGAUGAAUUGGGAUACUGCCUGACCUCCAUUGAGGCUGCGAUCGAAUAUAUUCGGCAAGGAAGCCUCUCCGUUAAGCCGCCUGAGUCUGAAGGAUUCGGUGACAGGCUAUUCCUGAAGCAGAGAAUGAGCUUACUGUCUCAGAUGACUUCAACUCCCAUUGAUUGUCUGUUUAAGCACAUUGCCUCAGGUAACCAGAAAGAAGUGGAAAGACUUCUGAGCCAAGGUGACCAAGAUAAAGAUGCCGUCCAAAGGAUGUGUCACCCUCUGUGCUUCUGCGAUGACUGUGAGAAACUGGUCUCCGGGAGGCUGAAUGAUCCCUCCAUUGUCACUCCAUUUUCCAGAGACGACAGGGGUCAUACACCACUCCAUGUGGCCGCCCUCUGUGGGCAGGCAUCCCUCAUUGACCUCCUGGUUUCCAAAGGCGCGGUGGUAAACGCCACGGACUAUCACGGGUCUGCCCCGCUUCAUCUCGCGUGCCAGAAGGGCUAUCAGAGCGUGACGCUGCUGCUGUUGCACUACAAAGCCAGCCCCGAGGUGCAAGACAACAAUGGCAACACGCCUCUCCACCUGGCCUGCACCUACGGCCACGAAGACUGUGUGAAGGCUCUGGUCUACUAUGACGUGCAGUCAUGCAGACUGGAUAUUGGUAAUGAGAAAGGAGACACCCCACUCCACAUAGCUGCACGUUGGGGCUACCAAGGCAUCAUAGAGACAUUGCUACAAAAUGGAGCAUCCACAGAGAUCCAGAACAGACUGAAAGAAACACCCCUCAAGUGUGCCCUAAACUCAAAGAUUCUGUCAAUAAUGGAAGCCCGUCAUUUGUCCUUCGAGAAGAGGAGGAAGUCUUCCGAGGUCCCAGUGCAGCCUGCUCAGCGCCCUGUGGAUUCCAUCAGCCAGGCCUCCUCUACCUCCAGCUUCUCCUCUGUGUUGGCACGCUCCGUACAGGAGCCCAAGAAGGACUACAGAGAGGUAGACAAACUUUUAAGAGCGGUUGCUGAUGGAGAUCUAGAAAUGGUGCGUUACCUUUUGGAGUGGACAGAGGAGGACCUGGACGAGGUGGAGGACACCGUCAGUGCAGAAGAUGUUGACUUUUGUCACCCCUUGUGCCAGUGCCCGAAGUGUGCUCCGGCUCAAAAGAAGCUGGCAAAGAUCCCCGCCAGUGGGCUCGGUGUGAAUGUGACCAACCAGGACGGCUUCUCCCCACUGCACGUGGCUGCCCUGCACGGUCGGGCGGACCUCGUCCCCCUCCUGUUGAAGCAUGGUGCCAACGCAGGUGCCAGAAAUGUGAACCAAGCCGUCCCGCUCCACCUGGCCUGCCAGAAGGGCCACUUUCAGGUGGUGAAGUAUCUCUUGGAUUCUAACGCAAAACCCAAUAAAAAGGACAUAAGUGGAAACACACCGCUCAUUUACGCCUGUUCCAACGGCCACCACGAAGUCGCGGCGCUGCUGUUACAGCACGGGGCCUCCAUUAACGUCUGUAACAACAAGGGCAACACGGCGCUGCAUGAAGCUGUGAUUGAAAAGCACGUCUUUGUGGUGGAGCUGCUUCUCCUUCACGGGGCAUCGGUUCAGGUCUUGAACAAGAGGCAGUGCACAGCUCUAGACUGUGCUGAACAGAAUUCAAAAAUAAUGGAAUUACUUCAGGUGGUACCGAGCUGUGUGGCCAUGUCAGGCGAUGCUGGCGAGACGGACCACAAGGAGUACGUUACUGUUAAGAUCCGGAAAAAAUGGAACUCAAAAAUGUAUGAUCUACCAGAUGAACCUUUUACAAGACAGUUUUACUUUGUCCACUCAGGUGGUCAGUUUAAGGGAAGGACUUCAAGGGAGAUUAUGGCCAGGGAGAGAAGUGUCCCUAAUUUUACUGAAGACUGUUUGCAUGAGCCAGGGAGGCAAAAGGUUACACGGGAGCAGAACAACCCGCCAGACCAGGGCGGACCUGAGACUGCGGGCAGAGGAAGCAGCAGUCAGCCCGAGAGGCCCGGGCUGAAACAAAGCGUUCCUGCGAGCCGGCGGAUGCUGCGCAGACACACCGUCGAGGACACGGUCGCAGCCAAGAGCCCCGGGACCGCCGGAGACCCAGCUGCUCCCCGAGAGGCUACUAUUACUUCCCAGUCUUAA